CUACAUCGCAGCACCACUAUCACUUUGCUGUAAUUGUUUACCGGAGGUGUUCAGAUUUACAGUCAAUCAGAUGACUGAGUUCAUUGUUAAAGGGAAGAGUCAGAUGCCGGCCUCUGGAGUUGAUUGGUGGGAAGCUGUAAAUCCACUUAUGAAGCUUGGAUUGCUCCAUUGGAUUGGUGCAGCUAUAUUUUUUUGGGGUUGGAUUCAUCAACGCCGAUGUCAUGUAAUUCUUGGUUCAUUGAGGUCACGCCCGGGAGAAAUUGACAAGUAUGUAAUUCCCCGUGGAGAUUGGUUUGAAAUUGUUUCAUCACCACACUACCUGGCUGAGAUUGUCAUAUAUGUUGGACUGCUGAUUGCCAGUGGAGGAGAUCUGACUGUGUGGUUACCAUUGGGAUUUGUGGUAGCAAACCUGGCAUUUGCAGCAGCAGAAACACAUAGGUGGUAUCACAGCAAAUUUGACAAUUACCCUAGGAAUCGUCGUGCUAUAAUCCCCUACGUUUAUUAGUGUAGAUUAUGAUAAAUCGCCACAACGUUGUUGGGCAAAUACUGCUAAGCUCUAAGAAUAUCAGGCAUACAUGGAAUAAAAAUAUUCCCCCAUGGGGAUUAAAGUGAAACUAAAAUAUGCAAUGCUAUCUGGAGUUUGGUUUAUUCUCUGUAAUUGUGAGGACAGUAUGUUCAAUGAAAUGGAUGACUUGUG